CCGCACCCGCACCCACCCAAUAUGAGGACCACCGCCGGCAUCCUCUCCCUACUGCUCACCUGCACCGGCCUCGCCGCCGCGCAAGACGUGCAGUCCAAGCCCUUCAACCUCGUCCUCCAGUCCGCCGACAAGUCCCUCGACGGGGUCAAGCUCGCGGCCUGCCACUCGGGCGCGGCCAUCGAGUCGCUCUGCCUAGCGGGCCGCGACUCGGGCCCCAGCUUCUACCUCAACACGACGCAGGGCUCGACGUCGCCGCUCAGCGGGUACGAGCCUGCGGGCGCGCUCAUCUGGAACCUGCCCAUCGGCGGCGGCGGCGUCGCGUCGGAGCCCAUGAGCUUCUACACGGACCCCUCGACCAACGUGGCGCUGCCGCUCUUCGAGCCCAGCUACACCCGGCAGUACGUGGCCGUCGAGCGCAGGACGGGCCGCCUCGCCGUCAUCGGCUACCUCGACGACUCGCACACGCCCCCGACGGCCGACAAGCCCCGCGCGCUGCGCAACUGGUACGUCUGCCAGAGCUACUACACGGGCUACCAGUACCAUACCCUCAACUGGGUGCUCGGCAACGGCAGCCAGAAGCCCCAGAACCCGAGCUGCGUCAAGGUCGAGGUGCAGCGCAAGUUUGUGUAGACUUGCAAAAGGUCGACUCGUCGGGAAGAAUGGGACAAUUUCACGAGACAGAUUAUUGAAAAGGGAGGUUAGAAGGCGGAGGGUUUGAGGCAACAUAAAGGUCAUUGGGAGGAGAGCAAGUUAAACAGCAUGCGCCGCGCCUCUUUUUAUGCAUACAACAGCAAUAAUACAAGCAUUUCCAGAACCCAAGUCAGCCCACAGAGCUACGCUCCAUUGCGGUGACGACAGCAUCCAACCGGGCCUUUUCGUCCAUGACUUCGUACAGCUGCCGCUCCAAACGGCCCACUUCGUCCUCCCAGCUCGCCAUGAUCUGUCGCGCAAGCAGUACUGCAGCCAAGGAAGAAAAGAAAACCCUGGUUAGUUCCCACGGUCGUUGUUGCUGUCACCAGGCCUCAUCCUCCGGGGGGUGUAAAAAGAUGGAGGGGCCAACAACCUGCCUUCGCGGAGGGGACGACCCGUCUGGAUACAAAACUGCACGUACUCCUUGGCGCGCUGCUGUCCUUGCUGGUGCGUGUGGAUGGAUGCGACGAGGUCCGCUAUCCUGCACUCUAUAUCGUGGAAUGCAUCCAUGAGGGCGCUGCCUUCGAAAUGGGCCAUGGGCGGUGAUGUUGCUGCGAAGCGCGUAGUGAUGGAUGGGUUGCG